CUCUCCCUUUAUUAAAGUUGUCUGAUUACAGUCUUUUUACUGGGCAAGCGGCUGGGCGCCCUGCAGUGGGUUCUUUCUGUAAUUGGGACUUACUUGGUGUCGCCCACUUUCGGAGGGAGAAAGUGAAUACAAGCCAAAAGCUUACACCAGAAUCCCCACCCCUCCCCCACCCCUCGUGGCCCCCAAACAAAAGAAUUUUCCGCUCCUUUCGGAGUCCGCUGGAGCAGUUUCUGUGAUUUGUUGCACUAACCAAAUGUCCGAGGUUUACCAAAGCAAAAAUCCCCUUGAAGGAAAAAAUAAAUACUUACCACUAGUCGAAUUUCUAAUUAGCCAAGACUACAAAGAUAAGGUGUUUAAGAGAAACUGCUGUAGAAACAACUUAAUGCAUUAACCUAAUUAGGGUAAUUAUUUUCUGCUGUUUUUAUUCAUAUAUUAUGAUGACAGCUUUUGGAGGCAAGAAUAGCUUGAGGCAGCCAAGAAUUUUAAAAAGUAGACAGCGAUAUGUAUUAUAAAAAGACCAAAAGCCCAAGCCAGGUAGUUCUCAAUCUAAAAAUUAAAUUAAAAAAUAUUUUGAGUCACAAAGGCCUUCAAAGUAGGGCGGCUUUAAAUUCCUAUAACUCAGAUUAAAUUAUGCAUUUUUACAAGAUAAAAUGGAUCACCACCUUAAUCUUUAGGACCAUAUCUAUUAAGCAAAGUAAUGCAGGCCUGAAAUAAAGGUCCACUUUAAGGGCAGAACACGUCACAAUUUUCAUUUUAAAAAGUGCAUUAACAGAGUGCUUUUCUGCCUUUUAGCUAAUGGUAGAAAUAUCUAAGAGUUUGGCUUAUGACAUUUAAGAAACAUCUCUGAUUCACCACAUAAUUACCUGUGAGUCCAGUGUAUUUUUUACAGUCCACAUAUAACCUUUUUCUAAACUUUUACACAUUUUACCAUUUAUUCCCCAACUCAGGUUUUACAGUUUGGAGGCAUUUUUACUUGUCUUUUAACUUCAGCUAAGCCUUCAGCCUGGUGGUUCCAGACUAAUUUUUCUAAUUGUCUGGAUCUGUUUAUAAAUAGAUUAAUAUAUGGCAGUAAAUUAAUAUUUCAACAGAGAUGGACGGAUAACAGAUGAACUGUGGUUUUCUUGACACUUCAGUUGUCAACUCUAAUUACUUGUAUUAAUUAUUUUGUUCUAUUUUGAUUAAAGUCACUGGUGGAUGAAGUAAAUGUUUUUAGUGUUUCCACAUAAGUCUGUGUGAAUUUCACAUGAGUGUGAAUUUCUCAUCUAAGAUCCAGGCUCAACCAACAUAUAUUAGUUUAAACUCUGCCUGGUUAACCCAGCUACAGUGAGUAGCCUUGAGUAUGAAAGGACAAAUAGAAGUGUAAUUAAUUACUAUGUCCUUUUGAGAACAGUGCCUGGUUCUUUGGCCUUUAGCCUGUCAAAUAUUUUUUUAUGUGCACAAGCAUAAGUAUAAAAUAAUACAAUUAACUUUUGUGGGUGCUUUAUAGGAUGACUGUCAAUAUUACAGUCAUACCUUGUGUAUAUGCCCAUAUUUAUACAGAUUAUUCAUCCAGGUUUUGAUUUCUUCCUUUAUUCUUUAUACUGGUAUUCAGGGACAUCAUACUGAGGAAUCUGGGAUUGAAUCUGAUAGUUUAUUAGGAUAGAACCUCUUCAGAAAUUGAGUCAAAUGGAGAGAUAAUUAAUGUGAAUUUAUUGUCUUCCACAGGCUUAGAUUUAAGAACUCCUUCCAAAUAAUGGAUACUCAAAUGAAACUCAGCUACAGCAAGUGCAGAGGCAUGCACUGCUGAUGGUUCUUCGGAACUCAGGAACCGUGUUGCAUGCAUUGUUUCUACCCGUGGAACCUGAGAUGGUUGGAAACCCUGAGGCAAUGACAGGGACCCCAGAGUCCUUGGGAAAUGACCCACUGUCUAAUUUAAAGCGUGCGGGCGCCGCAGAAUGAGGAGUGGCGAGCCGGCCUGCACCAUGGACGAGGCCCGCGGGCUAGACGACGCGGCGGCACGGGGCGGUCAGUGUCCGGGACUGGGGCCGGCGCCGAUGCCUCCCGGCCGCCUGGGGGCGCCGUACUCCGAGGCCUGGGGCUACUUCCACCUGGCCCCGGGGCGCCCCGGGCAUCCGUCGGGCCACUGGGCCACCUGCCGUCUGUGCGGGGAGCAGGUGGGCCGCGGCCCGGGCUUCCACGCAGGGACCUCGGCGCUGUGGAGGCACCUAAAGAGCGCGCACCGGCGGGAGCUGGAGAGCAGCGGCGCCCGGCGCUCACCACCUGCCGCGCCCUGCCCGCCGCCGCCCGUCCCUGCUGCAGCCCCCGAGGGCGACUGGGCGCGCCUGCUGGAACAGAUGGGCGCACUGGCCGUGCGCGGCAGCCGGCGGGAGCGGGAGCUGGAGCGGCGUGAGGCGGCCGUGGAGCAGGGUGAGCGCGCCCUGGAGCGGAGGCGGAGGGCGCUGCAGGAGGAGGAGCGCGCCGCUGCCCAGGCGCGCCGGGAGCUGCAGGCCGAGCGGGAGGCGCUGCAGGCGCGGCUACGGGAAGUGAGCCGCCGUGAGGGCGCCUUGGGCUGGGCUCCCACUGCGCUGCCGCUCAAGGACGACCCCGAGGGAGACAGGGACAGCUGCGUCAUCACAAAGGUCCUCCUGUAGGGGUGUGGCCACUUCCCCACCCCAGGCCAGCGCUUCUCCUACCAACGCCUUCAGCCCCCGCUGGCACCAAAGCCAGGCCUGAAGCAGCCGCUACUCACUUGGAAGCUCCAGCUAACUGUAGCGCCUUCCGCGCCCGAAGGCUUCAGCUUGAGAAGCACUUCGAAGCCAGAGCAGAACCAAAACUCACUUCCAUGGGGUCACCUGGGGUGCCUGGGCGGCCUUUCGUGGGCAUGCACGCAAGGGAUGGGGUGGCACACGGAACACCCGAGAGCUCCAGCAGCCCCGUGAACCCAGACCCCCUGGUGCCAUGACCACUUAGGGCUGGGAACCCGAACCUGGUGACUUUGAAAGGAUAGAGAGCUUCAUUCCAUACCAAAGACUUAUCACACCAUGUGCCUCCAACAGCCCAAGGUGGAGGGUGCGGGGAAAUGAGAAAGCUUUUUACCCAAAAAAAAAGAGUUCCUAAUGCAUAAUCUGCCCAACACCAAGUUCUGAAGGGUUGGAGGGAUGUCCCCUCCAGUUUCCGUGACUGCUGUAGACCCGCAUCAUCUCUAGCCCUCAUCGGGGCAGUCCCAAAGAGUCCCCUUUUUUACUCCCCAUAUUAUUCAGCCAAUACCAGGUGCACUCUGUCUCCCCUCGGCCUUCUUUCCCUUGGUUCAGACCUAACGACAAGUGUGGCACAUAUGUCCACUUUCAGGCCUCACAUCUGCCACCUUAGCAAGACAUCACCUCAUCCCCUUGUCACUAGGAAGAGGGUUUCUUCCCCACGUGUCGUCAUAGUCCUCACCUCUGGGCUGAAGGGGAAAGCAUCCCUUCGCAUAAGGCCACAUCUUCCUGUCAUUUUCCAUCCCAUUCCUCUCCCAUGUUUCCUGGGUCUUUCCUCCUGUAGUAUUCCCCCUGUGGCUGUCUCAGUCCCUCCCUCUCCCCCAGGAUCUUCCUCAUCAAUACUCAGUCUCCCUUUCUUACUGAAAAGAAAGACUUAACCCAGAAGGGCCAACAAGUCCUUGGCUGCCUAUACUUCCUCCCCAGUUUUUACUCCUUCACUCUGGUUCAGUUUUCUGUGCUACAGUGGACUAUUUCCAAGCCGCCACAAUCUCUCAGUGACUAAAUAUGAUGAUCUAUUUGCAGCCUCCAUUUUGCUUAAUAGCUCCCUUCUUGAAAUUGCUCUUUUGGUAGGUGGAUCCUGUUUUUCCUCCAAAGAAUUCCUUUUCCUGUUGUAUACUGGUUCCCAGAUUUUUCACAGGCCUCUUUUUUUUUUCCUCUUUUUUUAUAUUGAAAAAUUCCACACAUCCAGAAAAAGUUGAAAGGCUAGCACAAUGAAUACUCAGAUACGUACUCUCCACUUGGAUUGAAUAGUUAACAUUUUGCCAGAUAUACUGUUCUCCCCACCCCAUGCAUGUGUACAUAAAAUGACAUUUCACCCCUGAGUAUUUCCACAUAGAUUUCCUGAGAACAAAGACAUUGUUCUACGUGAUUACAAUAAGAUUAUCAUGCCUAAAAAUAUAAACAGUAACUUCUUUAUAACCUCUAAUAUAGAGCCCUUAAUCAGUAUUCAACAAUUGUCUCCAGAAUGUUUGUCUUUAAAAAAAAAAAAAAAAAAAACCCAGGUCCCAUCAAGGUUCAUACAUUCUUUUGGUUUCAACUCUAGUCACUUUUAGUCUAGAACAAUCCCGACAUAUUUUCCCAUGACACUUUGUGAAGCAACCAGGCCAGCUGUCUUAGCAAAUGUCCUUUAUUCUGGAAGUGUCUGAUUGCUUCCUUAGGCCUAUAUCUAAUACUCCACUUGUGGCUCAUCUCCCUGCAGAACUGUAAUCUCCUCUGGGCCAGGGACUCCUGAAUAUCUCCAGGCCGAGUGUUCUCCCGAGGCCUGAUCCUUCAUGCCCAAUCCCUUGCUGCAUGUCUCCACUCCUCCUUGCACAUCCUGCCUCUGUGAGUGGAAGAGGCGAAUCUAUUCAACCCCACAUCACACCCCUCACCUGAUGACUAACAUUUACUGGGCACUAACAAUGUAUCAGGCACAUACAACACACUUAACAUGCAUUAAUUAUCUCACUUUACUCUCACACCAGCUCCAUGGUAACACUGUGCUGAGCUAGAAGGGUUAAGUAGCCUGUAGAAGAUCACAGCUGGCCGGCAGUAGAGGUGGGAUCCCACUGCAGACAGUCUCCCUCACAGAUGCCAUGCUCCCACCGUACCACCAUGUACUGCUUCCUGAGAUCUCUGCUUCCCUCAGUCGACCCAGCUGACACCUGUUUCCUUCCUAACUCCAACUAAUUAAUUCCAGUUAAUGGAAUUGACUGGAAUUAGUGACAUUAAUAUUUACUGAGCAUUCACCAUGUGUCAUCAGAGCUGUGCUAAAUGCUUUACAAGAAUAAUUACCUGCCAUGAAGCAACCCUAUGACAUAGGUGCUACUCUGCCCAUUUUGUAGAUGAGACAGGUUCAGGGCAGUUACUAACAGCUUCAAGUCAUACAGCAGCUAAGAGUCUGUAUGGGGUUUGAACUGCGGUCUCACUGAAUGCUGGGCGCCUGCUCUGCUAAGUCUAUUUCUACAAAAGAUUGCACUGCCUUCCUGCCAAGCAUAGGGCCCAUUUAUCAUGCAUCUUCCUAUCCUUGUCUCCCCCAACUGUCCCUUACCUGAGUCACAAUUUGGCCAAAGCCAAAGGGAUUGUCCUAAGCCAGUAUUGAUUUAUUAUCCACUCUUCCUGCUCAAAAGUCCCCAAGAUCACCUAUCAAUCACCUACUUAUUAGAGUGCAAGCUUUGACUGUCAUCUGACAUUCAAGUCCCCUUCUGCCCCCGUGCCAGUCCUCUCCCUUCCCCUACAUAUGCCCUAUGCUCCAGCCAAAUUGGACUCUGUUCUUCCUGAUAAGACCUGGUAUUGGCAUCUUUAUGCCACAGUUUGCCUUCCCUCCACUUUAAAAAGCCUCUUCAGUCUCUCGGUACAAAAAACAUCCCACCCAUUUUCUAAAACCAUGCUUUCCUUGAUUUCUCCUCACGUCGAGACAUUUCUUUCUUCUCUGGUCUCCUAGCAUUCUGUCUCACAACCCUCAGGACAGGCCAGCCAGUGUAUGGCUAUGGGUUUUUAUCUCACCUCCCCUGCCAGACCCUGAGCCUUUGGGGGGAGUAGACUCACCCCACUCCCACAGUGCCUUGCAUUCCAUAGCUGCUCAGUACAUUAACCCAUUCAAUGUCUUUAAGAUUUUUACUAGUUUUCCUGUAAUUACUAAUAUAAUCAUUUAUCUCUAAUUCUGAGUAAAAUUCACAACAACAAAUAAAGGAAAUAGCAGUAAUAAUUUUUAAGCUGUUUAGUCAAUAAAGAUUUAAUGCAUCAGUUAUUGGACUGUUUGGUUUGAAGCCAAUCAACCAACUAUUCUGGUAUGUAAAUCUUUUUUAUUAUACAAGUAACACAAAAUGUAUUGCCUCAAUCGAGGAAGAACAGAAAAAAUAAUACCUCAAAAUCCUGUCACCUCUGUAAAACUGCUAUUAACAUUUUAAUGUAUUUUCUUUUGUCUUUUGCAAUUUUUAUAUUACUCUAGUAAUAGUAUAAGUUAUUUUCAAGUAUUGGAACUUAACUUCUUCAUAUGGAUUUAUAUGGGCUAGAUGAUCUGAAUUUCCUUUUUAGAAGGAAAAAGACUUCCACAAAUGUUACUCUUCCAUCUCACCAACUGUAAGAACCAUUAAAACAUAGGAAAAGA